AUGUCAGCGGCUUUGAUUAACAGAUCCUUGACCACUAUUAGGACUGAAUUAGAAUUCUUACUCGAUAGUGAAGUCAUAGAUGAACAAUUAUACCAAAAAUUAACCAAUGCCAUUCCACUAAAAUUUCAGAAGGAUUCAAAACCAUGGGGGGUGGAUCAUUUACAAACCACUUCUUCUUCGACCAUAGAUCAAUUAUCUAAUAACUUAGCUAAAACAGAACUUUCAAAUCCAUCAUCGGCUCCUCCAAGUUAUCAACCAACUGAAAUAUCAACCCCUAUUGCUGCUCCUACUGAAAAGACCGAUAAGAAAGUAUUGGGAUAUUAUAAAGCAUUAUAUGAUUAUGAUGCCAAAGAACCUGAAGAUUUGAGUAUGAAAAAAGAUGACAAAUUGGCUGUUGUUGAACAUUUAUCAGGAGAUUGGUGGAAAGGAUAUAAAAAGUCUCAACCUUCAACCAUUGGAGUUUUCCCUUCAAAUUAUGUUUCAAGUAUAAGUGAACAAGAGUUUAAAGAAUCAAGAGGUGCAGCUCCUGUUCCAGGUAUCUCCAUACAAGGAGAAAAGCAAGAAUAUCAAAAUUCUAAUCUGUCAAAUUAUACACCUCCCCAACAAUUACCUCAACAGCAUUCUGGUUAUCAACAACAAGGAUAUAACAAUCAACCUUAUCAACAACCAUACCAACAACAAUAUCAGCAAGGGUACAACAAUCCAAAUUAUCAAGUACAACCAUCUCAAUCUGCACCCACUUUACCAUAUGAUCCCAACUACUACAAUCAAGUUGAACAACAACAGCAACAACAGCAACAGCAACAACCUCAACAACAAAAUCAUCCUCAUUUAAGAAAAUAUGGUAAUCAAUUGGGUAAUAGUAUUGUUACAGGGGCUGGGUUCACCAUUGGUAGUGAUAUAGUAAAUUCGAUCUUCAGAUAA